GAAACAUGUUCUUAAGAUGUCGUAGACUUACACUGACGUAGAUUUUAUAAGUUGAGUCUUUUCUCAAGUGGCUAAUUUCUGUUUUCCCUUGUAUAUGUAAAUCGCUCACUCUCCCACACCAAACCCCAUAGAGAAAAUCAGUGAUUUUAACACCACAGCAUACAGGAUUUGUUGAUCCACUGCUGCCUCCAUCACUAAGUUUAAAGGGGUUACUUUGUCACUUCGGCAUUGAAAAUCCUCAAUUUGAAUUUACUUCAGUGACACAAAGUGACCACACGAGGCAGCAGCAGACCAGCAGCUCCUGUGUCCCCGCGAGUUAAAAUCGUUGAUUUUCUCUCUGGGGUUUGGUGUGGGAGAGUGAGCGGUUUACAAACUUGCCGACACAUUCUUUGUUUGCGUCUCUGCUGGCGGCCAUGAGCCUCCGUGCUGCAGGGGGCGCUGCUGUAGCAGCAGCACCGCAUUCGGUCGCGCUGAAGUGCGAAUGAACAUUUCCUGCUCGUCUGCGUUUUCUUUUUUUUUUUUCACGUCACCGUCGAGACGUCUUCACGUGAACACAGCAGACUUGUUUCCACUCCCACUCGGUCAUGUGACAGGUCAUGUGACCGCUGCCACGUGUGCUCUGAUUGGCCGAUGUUUGUAAGAUGCAGAGGAAGAAAAAAAAAAAGAUUCACCAUCAUUGAUGCUCGGACGCUGAAUUCCCCCCUUUUUUACUCCCUCGUUGCGUCGUUGCCAUGGUGACGGGGCCGCUCCACCACACCCACGCUGCUUACUCCCCCCCCCCCCUCUCUCUCUCCGUCUACCUCUCUCACUCAUAAGUGAGCAAGAAAGAGAGAGAGAGAGAGAGAGGUGUGUUUUCUAACCCACGCAUUGGAGUGGGAGACAACGUGCACACACACACACACACACUUGUGUACACAGUGUGUGUCAUGCUAGUGUGUGGGCUGAACCGACCAGCCUUCCACUCAUCCCUCUCUCCCUCUCUCUCUCCGUCUCUAGUACACCUCCUCUUCCUCAUCUUCUUCCUCCUCUUCUUUUUUUUCCCCGUCCUCCAUCAUCAUCAUCUCUUCCUCUCCUCCGUCUCUCUCUCUCUCCAUCAGUCCUUUUUUCUUUUUCAUUCAUCAUCAUGGAGAACGAGUCGCUGAUCUCUCUGGGAUGGGCAGGGCAGCUCCCAGAAUACGUCCUGAACCUCUGAGACCUCUCGCUCUCCUGCAGGAUUACUCCACGCUCCACUAAAAGCACCUCAGUGUCUCCAUAGAGGAACUGCACGACCUCCUCGGGCGACUUCAUCAGUCACAGGAUUACACAGCGGCUCCACCUUAACGAGAAUCCAACUCCAGACGCAAGAACCUGGCACCCCGCACAGGACCAGAACCGGAAACCAGAAGACAGCGGCGGUCCACGGCCAGAACCCAAGUCAGCCGGACGAGCAGAGCCCAGCAGGAAUCGGAAAAGGCCGUCGGAAAAGUUUGAUGGGACUGCAGACGUUAGCCACAUGCCUCUGAGUCCGGCUGCUGACACCAAACAUGAUCGCCCGCGGCAACAGGCGGUUACUAACGGCAACCCGACAGGCUCUGCUGUUGCCAGGGACGACGACACGGAUGACACACCUACUGGGAACAGCGUUGUCGUCCGCAUUGGCAUCCCGGACCUGCAGCAGACGAAGUGUUUGCGGUUGGACCCAGAGUUACCAGUCUGGACCAGUAAGCAGAGGGUUCUGGUGACGUUGACUCAGUCUCUGUCGGAUGUUUUGAACUAUGGUCUCUUCCAGCCGGCGUUCAACGGCCGAGCCGGAAAGUUUCUGGACGAGGAGCGGCUGCUGAACGAGUAUCCCCUCCCCCCCAUCACGCCCAUCCCGUACCUGGAGUUUCGUUACAAGCGCAGAGUUUACACACAGAGCUACGUGGACGACAAACAGCUGGCCAAGUUACACACCAAGGCCAACCUGAAGCGUUUCAUGGAACAUGUUCAUCAGAAGAAUGUGGAGAAAGUUUCCAAAUGGCUAGAGAAAGGUCUCGACCCAAACUUCCACGACUCGGACAGCGGCGAGUGUCCCCUGACUCUCGCCGUCCAGCUGGAGGAGAGCUGUGAGCUCAUCAAAGUCCUGCGCAGCGGCGGCGCUCACCUGGACUUCAGGACCAGAGACGGCAUCACCGCCCUGCACCGCGCCGUCCUCUGCAGGAACAGCGCCGCGCUCACGACGCUGCUCGAUCUCGGAGCGUCUCCAGACUACAAGGACAGUCGAGGCCUCACUCCCCUCUACCACUCUGCCAUGGUGGGCGGCGCCCCCUACUGCUGCGAGCUGCUGCUGCAGGACCACGCCACCAUCGGGAUGACUGAUGAGAACGGGUGGCAGGAGAUUCACCAGGCAUGUCGCUAUGGCAACGUGCAGCACUUGGAGCACCUGCUAUUCUACGGCGCCGACAUGAGUUCCCAGAAUGCAUCAGGAAACACGGCACUGCAUCUGUGUGCACUCUACAACCAGGACAGUUGUGCGCGAGUGCUGCUGUUCAGAGGAGCAAACAAGGACAUCAAGAACUACAACAACCAGACUGCCUUUCAGGUGGCGAUCAUUGCUGGGAACUUUGAUCUCGCGGAAAUCAUUAAGAUCCAUAAAACAUCUGAUGUUGUAGUUCCCUUCAGAGAAACCCCGUCCUACACCAAACGUCGCCGAGGCGGCGGGGCGCGAUCGCCAGCGGGGAACGGUCUGUCGUCGCCGCGCUCUCUGAUUCGCUCAGCCAGCGACAACGCUCUGGAAAGUCCCGCCUCCUCCCCUGGCCCCUCCCUCCAAAGCCUGGAGACGCACCACGACACGCACACACACUCUCUGCGACGACACACACGCAGACUCAGCCCGAGCGGUGCGGGUCAUGUGGAGAGCAGCCCGCCCUCCUCUCCACCUCUGACCCCUCAGAUGAGGAAGAGGAGGCUCUACAGUGCGGUGCCGGGACGCACCUUCAUCGCCACGCGCUCACACGUCCCACAGGGACCGGGCGAGAUCCAGCUGCACCGCGGAGAGAGGGUCAAAGUGUUGUCUAUCGGCGAGGGCGGCUUCUGGGAGGGAAGCGUCAAAGGGCGAACGGGUUGGUUUCCCGCGGACUGUGUCGAAGAAGUGCAGAUGAGACAGUACGACCCCAGACUGGAGACGAGAGAGGACCGAACCAAGAGACUGUUCAGACAUUACACUGUAGGAUCCUAUGACAACUACACCUCCUACAGCGACUACGUGAUCGAGGAGAAGACGGCCGUGCUGCAGAAGAGAGAGAGCGAGGGAUUCGGCUUUGUCCUGAGAGGAGCGAAAGCGGAGACGCCCAUCGAGGAGUUUGCCCCCACGCCUGCGUUUCCCGCUCUUCAGUACCUGGAGUCGGUUGACCAAGGGGGCGUGGCUUGGAGGGCGGGGCUACGUACUGGAGACUUUCUCAUAGAGGUGAACGGUACCGACGUGGUGAAGGUGGGUCACCGGCAGGUCGUCUCUCUGAUCCGACAGGGAGGAAGUCACCUGUUGAUGAAAGUCGUGUCCGUGUCCAGGAAAUCGGAAUCAUCCAACCUGAUCAGGAAGAAAGCCCCACCCCCUCCAAAACGAGCCCCUAGCACCUCGCUGACACUUCGAUCCAAGUCCAUGACAGCUGACCUGGAGGAGAUAGCCAGGAGGAGGCGCUUCGAGAAACUGGAUGAGAUGUUGGCGAGCAGUCAGCAGGAAGUCGUUCUGAGGGCCCGCCCGUCGGACGACUUCAGAGCGGCGACGGUCAAACAGAGACCGACGAGCCGACGGAUCACCCAGGCUGAGAUUAACUCCCUGUUUGAGCGUCAGGGUCUGGUUCCGCCCUCAGCCCCAGAGAAGACCACCAUGCCUUUACCCAGAGGAAUGUCCAGAACAAAGAGUUUCGGCACACCCGAGGACGAUAGGAUCUCCGCUCUGAUCAACGAGAGUCGGUUUCCACGUAGCUCCUCGCUGACCGACAGCUUCAUCCCCCCUCCUCCGCAGAUGGCUCCGCCUCCUCCUCCCUCCGCCUCCUCCACCUCCUCGCUCUUCCUCCUCGACUCUGGACCCCCUCCUUCCUUCCUGCCGCCCCCUCCCCCGGCCAGAGGGGAGGGACUGACCCGCUCCAGCUUCAAACCGGGCGCGGAGCCGAGGCUGCACGAGCUCUCCGAUUCGCCGUCGAGGAGCCACGCCCACGCCGAGCGGCAGAGGAAGGCGAGGUCGAUGAUCAUCCUGCAGGACACGCCCCCGCCCCUGCAGCCCGACACGCACCCCGCUGCCGCCACGCACACGCUGCACACCGCCACGCACACCGCGACACACACGCUGCACACCACCACCACACACACCUCCACGCUGUCUCUCCACAGCACCAGCCCCGCCCUUGGCCACUCACCGCUGUCACGCCGCCGGGCUCGACCAAUAGAAAACCCUUAUGCUAACGUGGGACAGCAGGCUCCACCCACCAAACCGCAGAGGAGGAAGUCACCUUUGUUGAAACAACUUCCUGUAGAGGAGCAGGGACUCGGGUUUAGAGAUCAUGAAUCAUCCAAGUCAGAUGGGGGCGGGCCUGGCAGCCCUAGCAGGGCGGAGUUGUACCAGCAGCAGGUUCUUUCAGAGCGCGCUAGAGUACAGGGCCGCCGGUCAUCCCUCUUCCUCUCCGUUGAGGGCGCGGGGUCAGAAAACCAGACGCCGCCCCUUCUGACUCAGAGCCAUUCAAUGGACGACCUUGGUGAGCUUCCUCCUCCCGCCCCGGUCCUGUCGCCUUCACCAACGCCUCACACCUUCCUCCACCCGCUGACGGGGAAACCUCUGGACCCUUCUUCUCCACUCGCCCUGGCUCUUGCUGCACGAGAACGAGCGCUCACUGCCCGAACGCCGAGCCCCGAGCCUCGAACUAAACACACGUCUGCCUCCACUACGCCCAUUCCCACCCCAGCUGCGAGCCCAGAGGGCCGACACAAGCGCACCCCUCUCGCCACCCCUCAGAGCAGCCCCGAGCCGCGAUCCAAGCGCACCACCCCACAGACUAGCCCAGAACAACGAACCAAGCGCACCACUCCUCAAACUAGCCCCGAGCUGAGGCACAAACGCAUAACCCCGCCUCUGUUCCCUGAUGGACAAGUGGAGCGUCCAGAAACAGAGGGAGGGGUGACAUCACCUGCCGUGCCGUCCCCUGAGCGCUGGAGACCCUCCCCCUUGCCACCGCUGUCCAAUGAAAGUCACUCACAGUCCCUGAUUGACAGGCGCAGGAGCCUGACAGUGGGCAGCUCUGAGGAGGAGGGUGGGGCUUACACUGUGACACUCCCACCAGCAUUGUUGUCAUCCAGUGAUGAGGAAACAAGGGAGGAGCUGCGAAGGAUUGGUUUAGUGACUCCUCCCCUCGCCUUUGCUAAUGGUGGGCCUCCUCCCCCGUCCUCUCUCACCCUGUUGCCACGACGAGGUGGGGAGGGAGGGGGAGAAAGUGGUUCUGACUCCUUGGGUCGACAAGGGGAAGAGGAAGAAGGAGGUGAUGAGCGGCUUCAUGAUAGCGCUUCCUCCCCAAGCUCACUCCCUCCCUCCAUCACUUUGGCCUCUCCUCCCGCUCCCCCCUCCCCCUCCUCCCCACCAGCGGCUCACACAUCUUCCUCGUCCACUGUCACUUCCCCGUCAGGCCUUAAGCCUCGCCUUCGUUCACCAAUUGGUCGGGGUCGCUCUGCGCUUCGGGACCCACUGCUGAAGCAAUCGUCAGACAGUGAGCUCCUCCCCUCCACUGCGUCCUCCUCACCCUCCUCACCUCUCUGUUCCUCCCCCACCAGUGGUGGCAGACAGCCACGCUACCUGUUCCAGAGGAGGUCCAAGCUCUGGGGGGGCGGGGACGACCGCGGGGAGGAGCGCCGGGGCUUCAGUCCAGAGGACGGAGGCCGUCCGGCAGCACUGGGAGGUCAGGGGUCGGGUUCAGGGUCGGUUGUGGAUCUGACCAGCCGGUCCGCAUCAGCACUAGAGUUAAGUGGAAGGGCAGGGUCUGGACUGGAUCUCGCUAAUAGGCUACAGCUGCUCAACAAAGACAGUCACUCUCUGGGGGAGGAGCCUAGCCCCCUCGACCCAGGCCGGAGGUCACCUGUAGGUGGUGCCAGAUGUGUGGACAGUGGAGAGAGUAAAUCGUUGUUCUCCAGUCUCGGGGAACUCCACACCAUCUCCCAGCGAGGAUAUGGCUCUAGCUACACAGUCCGACCAGGAAGCCGCUACCCUGUCACCCGCCGGAGCCCCUCCCCCUCUCCUUCCCCCUCCGAUAGGUCAAUAGGGCUCGCCUCCUCCCCCACCCCCUGUUCUGAAAGGCCCGAUCUAAGCUCGGGUCGUGGUCUUACUAUCCUGAAGUCAUCCAGUCUCAGUCUCCCCUCAGAACCAAAGGAGGUCCGCUUUGUGAUGCGAAGUGCCAGCGCACGAACCAGGUCCCGCUCACCCUCACCUUCACCCCACGCCUCCCCCUGCCCGUCCCCGGUCCUCAGUGGCCCCCUGCUGGCCCUUCGGCCAUGGAGGCAGCGGCCCCUUAACCUGUGGAAUAAAUAUGACGUGGGUGACUGGCUGGAGAGUGUGGGCCUGGCCGAACACCGCCAGCGCUUCCAGGACCACGAGAUUGAGGGCUCCCACCUCCCUGCCCUCACCAAGGAGGACUAUGUGGAGCUGGGCGUCACCAGACUGGGCCACCGCAUCAACAUCGAGAGGGCACUGAGACAGCUGCUGGAUGGUUCCACUUGACCCCUCACCUCUGACCACUAACCUUUAGGGAUCUUGAACUGUGACCUCAUAAGCCCUGACCUUUGGUCAGACGCUAGGCCAUUUCUGACUAGGAUAUCUUAGCAAUGACUGAAUCUUGAAACCUUUUUACUAUCGCAGAGCCCAACUCUCUGAAAGAUCUCUGUGGCAUUUUGUCUCCUCAUCUGUUUGAUCAACUAUUGGCGGCCGGACCAAGCUCUGUGUCCAGUCAAGUAUUGCUUUUCCAUUAGCGUCUGUUAGCAUCUAGUAUCCACUGAUCACGCUGGGAAGACCCUCAGCCAAACUCAUACUUUCUCAAUUUAAAAGGUCAGAUGCCAACUACACAGCAACUGACAUUGGCGCCAUUUUGGGCCACCUGUUUCCUCUUAAUCUUUAAGGCCUUGUUUAGACUGCAACCCAAUUUUUAUUCCGAUUGUGACGGAUCCAUUUCAGUCUGAACGUCAAAGUCGCUCAGAUAGGAUUUGAAAGGGUCUUUCCACGGGAUUCCACUGAAUGUGCAUCUUUCGCCGCGGCAACAGAUACGCAUCCACCUUAGUCUUAGCUUCCACCGACUCCAUUUACGCCACGUACCAGUUCUGUGGUUGUUCCGUCAGUCCGUUGCUCUCACAGAAAAUAUAGAAGAGGGCUUUAACUAUAGAAAUCCACGUGGAACACUAAACAAGACGAUGUCAUUAUGGACACACACAGAUCGGAUCUGAUCAUUUGUUGGUCAGGAAGAUCAGAUUCAGAUCACAUAUGCCUACAAAUCUGAUUUGGGCUACAAUCUAAACAAGGCAGGGACAAACAGAGACAAAUAAUUGAUCCUUACAAGGAUGUUUUUUCAGCGUUUUUUGGAAACAUUUUCCUCUUUGCUGUCCACGAUGCGUCACUACAUGCAAUUUCUUUUUUUAACACUGUGUCAGCACUUUUUAAAACUUGAAGCAACAUCUCAGGUUUUCGUCAGAUCUCCACAAGUCCGGUUGUUACGGAUUCAAUAACUUCUGGAGAUCUUUAGCAGUAGCAUAUUAGCGGAAAAUAUAUUUCAUAGAAAACUAAUUGAGCUAGCUUUCCCAACAAAUAUCCACGGCAAUCUUCCCAUGCCUUUAGACACUUUAUUCAAUGUCCUUUCAGUGACGGAUUUGGUCAGUACCACCUUAAAAUCUAAGCUUGUGUUAGCUAGCGACUCAUUUUUUGUUCAUUUUGAUUGCUGAAGCUAGCGUGUGUUUUGUUUUUUGUCACGUUAGCAUAGGACAGACAAAGUUACUCAUCGCGGGACACGGAGCUACGCUGUUUCAACAAGUGAGGGUUUGUUGAUCAAACAGCUGACGCGUCAAACUGAUCGCAAAUAUAAUGAGGCGGGUUCUUUGCCUCUGCACAGAAGACCAUUUGUUAGCGGAGUUGGACGAUUAACGAGCUACUGGGCGUUUAUCUGUUCCUUUACUAAAAAAAAAAAUUCUUGUGUCUUAGCAUUUUCUUUAGUUUCCAGUUAUCACUCAUGAAGACUUUGUGUUAACUUUAGGUUCAUUAUCUUAAAGCCGAUCAUUUUACGAAAUAACAAGUAAUAAUAAUGUGGUGGUGAUGACUUAACCGAGUUUUAAUAGUUUGGAAAAUGGUUUGUUCUGAGUUCUUUUUAUGAUUUGACAAUGAGUUGAAUUUCCAGAUUGUUGGGCGGUGACGUUUUUCGGAAUUCAUGAUGAUUUGUCAAUGAGUGUGACGUCGUGCUGAUGUGCUGUGUGUUUCAGGGAGAGCUGCAGCAGAGCUCCAACUGUAAACCUCUCUGGUUUCUAACCUGCUUAUCGAGGGCUUACUGUACAUGGUGCUAUUUGUUUAAAGCCAUCUGUACAGAAAAUACCUUUCUCCUCCUCUUCCUCCUUUAUUCUCCUCACACUAACCCCUGGAAAAAUCUUAGGUUAACCCUUUUAAUUCAAGUGUGUAAUCCCUGGAUCCAUUCAUUCAAGUUUGGCUUUACCCUCCAUGUAGAAGUAACAGGCCAUAUAAGGAGUUUCCUCCCUGCCAUAUUAGGGAUUUCCUCCCUGCCAUAUGUGGAGUUUCCUCCAGAUAAUGUACAGUUUCCUAAAAGGCCAUUUAGUGGAGUUGCCCAAAUAACUUUGCACACAUUUUUAAGGAAAUUUUGAAAUUAUUAUUCUGAUUUAAUUUGAUUUUAAAAAAAAGUAUAGAGUUCUAGAAAAAAGGAACCAAAAUCGAAAACUAUGAAUUUGAUCAUCUUAUAAAAGCCAAGAAAACAACACAAGUAACACAUUACGUCAACAACAAAAUGACGUCAUGUCACUUAUCUGAGGUUAAAUUCUACAAACCUAACAAAGGUAAAAAUUGUGGAAUCAUCAAAUGUUUGGCAGUUGUGCUUGACAAAUCUAUUUUUAAAAACUAGCCAAUUGUUGAAAUUAGCUGCUACGGGGGGUUGUUCGAGCUAGCUUAGCCCAAGACUAACAGACAAACUGUUAGCUUAACUGAAACUGGGAGGGGGGGAAAGAAGCUAGCUAAAAAUCUAGCUAAAUGUUGUAUCUUCGCUAACAGUGUCGUCAGAGGAAAAAAACACACGCUAACUGCUCCUAAGAAAAAAACAAACAGCUAAUUUCACCGAAACCGUUGCUUAAUGUCGCAUCAUUACAACUCCCCGUUAUAGGUAAUAUUUUGACAUUAGCACGACACGACUUUUUAGCGACUUCUGAAGCACAAUCAACGUUGCAGUGCCUGUUUCCAUGCGAACCCGUGUUUUUUUCCAAACAGCUUAAUCCGAACAUUUUACCGGCGACGAACACCUGCCCGCGGCAGAGCAGAAGUAUAGAAUGUACCAUAGUCCGUGUACAGCUCAUUAGCGUAGACUCUAUAAACUCUAUAAUAUAUAUUACAGUAGAAUAAUGUAGCCAUAGUGUAAUAUAUAUACAAAGAACAGUAGAAAAUAAGAUUUAUACGGUAAUAUUUUGGUAGUUUAUGAAGUCUUUAUCCAUACAUGAUAUUCAGACUUUGUAAACACCUAUAUAUCAGCUGCUAGCUUGACUUUGCGCUAACAUUCUCGCACGACAAGUUGAGUUUCAAAACAUCAAAACUCACAUUUUGACCAAACAUGGCUCCCACUGUCCCUGUAUCGUAUACAUGGGUGUAUAAAAACAGCCUUCUGCCUUCUGCUAGUUUGCCCCCCUGUGGCCAACUGCAGUACUACAACAACAACAACAACAACAAAAUCCUCUUGACAGUUGUCUCCACUGACCAAUAACAUUAAAACUCAAACUAAAUUUACGUUUGCGUGCUGAAUUUUUGAACAACAAAGGUUUUAUAUUUUAAAAAUCUUUUCUCAGAACCCAGACGAGUUAUUUUUAUGAGCGAGAUCUUUAAUCCGUGAAACGCAGGAGGAAAGAAAAGAAACGUAUAAAAAUUAAUGUUGUGAGCAGUUUUACAAGUGACACCACCUUACCACGUUUUUAAAAGUUUUGCAACAGAAAUCUGUGACUGGUUAAUAUUGUUUGGUAUAGAAUUAAUACGGCGUCAUAAUGCCCACAUUUGUAAUACCAAAACUAUAUUUUUAGGUGAUUAUAAAAUGGUAAGAAGCCAUAAAAAAGUCACACAAUGUAAAGAUAAUAAAGAGAUUCUAUGACAAUUUACUAACUCUGAAAUGUGAAUUUCGUGCCACACAAUCUUUGCUGACUGAUGCCACUAUGAAAUAAUCGAUAUACAACACAGCUAACGUGAACGUUUACAGUCGCCUAUAGAAGUUAAAUUAACGGUGCCUUCAAAUGGAGUCAAACAUGUUAUAUUUACAAUAUUGUGAGUGAAAAGAAAACUUCAAAUUCACAAAUUGGGACUUUUUUGCUAAAGUUUUCACAAAAAAAUCAGAACUAACAGAAGUUACUUUUCAAUAGACGCUGAGUUGUAAAAAAAUGUUUCCCAAACACCAAUUUUCUCCUCAGAUUCCAUUCCUUGCAUUCCAUUUACAUUACUCACGUGCUAGCUGACGUAGUUGUUGCCAAGUAACGGGACUCUCAGGACGUGAACAAAGCUCUCCAUGUCGUAAACGCAGGUUGGCGAGGACCAUUUGAAGGCACCAUGACGGACGUAAAAUCUGAGUCCUGGUUUUUACAGAGAACAAGAAAGUGCCUGAUGUGCAGCUGUUUACACUGAGUGAAUAUCACAGAUAUAUAUAUACUGUAUAUCUGUGAAGUAUAUACAUUAAAUCAAGACUGAAGUCUGCUGAACAGGGUCAUUCACAGAACAAUCGUUGACAUCCACAGGAAAAGAUAUGACAGGUGAGAUCCAAACAAAGUCAUGUGACCUCGAUCCUUGACUUCAGGUCCCCAAUAACAAUCCUGUAUUCAGCUGUUGUGGGAUAUUUCAGCCAAUCAGAAACACAACCAACUCACCUGCUGCUAAAUUGUCAUCUGUGACGACGAUGGUGGUGAAGUGAAGUCAGUGGCGUUCCUCCACUGGGAAAAAGUAGUUCCUCAUUUUGUGAAUUCUACUUUCUGUAGGUCAUCAAUAAAAAAAACUGUGU